AAAGAAAAUUUAUGCAGAAAUUGCCUUUUUUUUUAUUCCCUUUCUUUCGACAUUGUGAACGUACUUUUUUUUCAUGACGGAAAACAUGCAACGCCGAGAAACACUCGUCAACGACUCGAUGACUGAACAUCAUCAUCGUUUAAAAAGAGUGGUCUUGAUCUGUUUGGACGAAUCCUCAGGGAAACAAGCGUUUCACUGGGCCCUCAGCAACUUUGUUCAACCAGAACGUGAUUUAGUGAUUUUGGUGCAUGUUCGCCUAAUCGAUAUCCCCAUGGCACCCUACAUCAAUGCCACCGGUUACUUGGACGAUGUGAGCGAACAACGUCGAGAGGAAAGCCAUCAUCUCUUGCGCGAAUUUGCAGAUAUCCUCGUUCAACGACAUAUUGCGUGCAAGGCCAUUUCCAUGACGGGGGAUCCAAAAACUGAAAUUAUUCGCAAAGUCGCUGAAACUAAAACCGACGUCGUUAUCAUGGGAUCCCGUAACCUUGGUGCGUUGAAGAGAGCUCUGUUGGGAAGCGUGAGCGAUUAUGUCGUUCGUCAUUCGCAGUGCACUGUCAUCAUUGCGAAACCAACAGGUUAUUCGAGCCAAAGUUAAAAAGACUACAGUAUAUAUCCGUAUUCAAUGCCUAAAGUUUACGCUUUGCAAAGGACUCCCGGUUAUGGUCUCAAUAUUCUCAAGCAUGUAUAGUUUGAUCGGUCGGCAUUGACAUCUACCGCAAUAAAUCCAAUGAUAGAAAAGAAUGAGUGCUCCUGUAAAUCGGUACGAAGUCUAUGUAU